AUGUCGGUUUUGUUAAAAUUUCCCAAAUUUUCAUGGGUGUUUGUAGUUUGUGUUGCUGUUUCUUGUGGAUUGAUUUGUGGGUAUGAAACUGGAGUUGGCAUUGUUGAAGGGAAAUUGAAUGUUCAUCUGGUUCCACAUUCACAUGAUGAUGUGGGUUGGUUGAAGACAGUUGAUCAGUACUUUGUUGGAUCAAAUAACAGUAUACAGGGUGCUUGUGUUGAAAAUGUGCUGGAUUCGGUUGUCAUGUCGCUGCUUCGCGAUCCGAAUAGAAAGUUCAUAUUUGCUGAGAUGGCAUUUUUCCAUAGAUGGUGGGAAUUGCAGAGUCCAGAUAUCCAAGCUGCUGUGAAAAAGCUUGUUUCUGCUGGCCAAUUAGAAUUUGUAAACGGAGGCUGGUGUAUGCAUGACGAAGCGGCUACGCAUUACGUAGACAUGAUCGAUCAAACGACUUUGGGCCAUGACUUAAUAAAGAGCAAUUUUAACAUAACCCCUAGUGCUGGAUGGCAGAUUGAUCCAUUCGGGCAUUCCGCAGUUCAAGCUUAUCUUUUAGGAGCGGAGCUCGGGUUCGAUUCAUUGCAUUUUGCACGGAUUGAUUAUCAAGAUAGAGCAAAGCGGAAGGGCGAUAAAAGUCUUGAAGUCGUAUGGCGUGGCUCCAAAACCUUUGGUUCGUCGUCUCAGAUAUUUACCAACGUGUUUCCUCGUCACUACAGUGCUCCGGAUGGCUUCAAUUUUGAAGUUAGGGGAGACUUUGAGCCCGUUCAGGACGAUCCUCUUCUCUUUGACAUGAAUGUAAAGAAACGAGUUAAUGAUUUCAUCGAUGCUGCAUUGACUCAAGCAAACGUCACAAGAACGAACCACAUCAUGUGGACGAUGGGAGACGACUUCCAAUACCAAUAUGCCGAGUCUUGGUUCAAGCAGAUGGACAAGCUAAUUCACCAUGUUAACAGGGAUGGUCGAGUGAAUGCAUUAUAUUCCACUCCGUCUAUAUAUACCGAUGCAAAACUUGCUUCAAAUGUGUCUUGGCCGCUCAAAACUGAUGACUAUUUCCCAUAUGCAGACGAUGGAGAUGCUUACUGGACAGGUUACUUUACAAGCCGUCCAGCCUUGAAAGGAUAUAUACGUUCGUUGAGUGGAUACUAUUUGGCAGCAAGGCAGCUAGAGUACCUGGCAGGAAGGCGAACCAGAGGCCCCAACACAUUCAGUCUUGGAGAUGCUUUAGGAAUCGCACAACACCAUGAUGCCGUAACUGGUACUGCUAAACAACAUACAACAAGGGACUAUGAAAAACGCUUAGCAAUUGGAGCUGUCGAGGCCGAAGCUGUUGUCAAUUCGGCUUUAUGGUGCCUAACCAGUUCUACAUCAAGCAAGAUCAAUUGCACCAUACCCAGAUCGACAUUUAGCCAGUGUCCCUUGCUCAAUAUAAGCUUUUGCCCACCAACAGAGAACAUUCCUUCUGGAAAGAGUUUGGUUGUUGUUGCAUACAACCCUCUUGGAUGGAGUCGCACAGAUGUUGUCAGGAUACCGGUGAAAGAUGCUAAUUUGGUUGUCCAAGAUGACAAGGGAAAUACGAUUAAAGCACAAUUCAUAGAAUUUGAUAACAUAACAAGCAAUUUAAGAAGCUUCUAUGCAGAGGCUUAUUUGGGAAUUUCACCCACAGAAGUUCCAAAGUACUGGCUCUUGUUUCAAGCAUCUGUGCCACCAUUGGGUUGGAACACUUACUUCAUCACUAAAACAACUGGAAAAGGUACUUUUAAUGUUAUAUCUGUGGUAGACACUCCACAGAACGAUUCUAUUGAAAUUGGACCAGGAAGCUUGAAGAUGUCUUUUUCUUUACAAUCUGGACAACUAAAAAGAAUCAUCAAUUCUAGAACAGGGAUUGAUUUACCGAUACAACAAAGCUAUCUCUGGUAUGGUAGUGGAUCCGGUAACCAGCCUUCUGGAGCAUACAUUUUCCACCCCGAUGGAUCAGCCCCAGUCAUUGUUUCAAGAUCAGUACCAAUUAAAGUCAUUCGUGGACCACUUGUUGAUGAAGUUCACCAGCAAUUCAGCCCAUGGAUCUAUCAGGUGACUAGACUUUACAAAGACAAGGAGCACGCUGAAUUUGAGUUCAUCAUUGGUCCGAUUCCUACGGAUGAUGGUGUUGGAAAAGAAGUUAUUACUAGAAUUACAGCUGAUAUGGCCACCAACAAGGUGUUGUAUACAGAUUCUAAUGGAAGGGACUUCCUCAAAAGGGUACGAGAUUAUAGAGAAGACUGGCCUCUUAAAGUCACACAACCUGUUGCCGGGAAUUAUUAUCCACUCAAUCUUGGAAUGUUCACAACGGACAACAAAACUGAACUAUCGGUGCUUGUUGAUCGCGCCACCGGUGGAGCCAGCAUCAACGAUGGACAAAUGGAGAUCAUGUUCCAUCGGCGUAUGCUCUUUGAUGACGGUAGAGGCGUGGGUGAAGCCCUUGAUGAAACUGUGUGUACGAAGACCACAUGUCAAGGACUUGCGGUUCGAGGAACUUAUUACAUGAGCGCCAACCACGUUGGUAGCGGAUCACGGUGGCGCCGAACAACGGGCCAAGAGAUCUAUUCAUCCCUCCUCUUAGCUUUUACACAUGAGAAACAAGACAAUUGGAAAGCUUCUCACUCGAUGAGAUCAACAACAAUGGAUCCAAACUAUACUUUACCCCCAAACAUCGCAUUAAUUACGCUUCAGGAAUUGGAGGGCGGAAGUGCGCUCCUUCGGUUAGCCCAUCUAUAUGAGGCUGGUGAAGAUGCUGACUUUUCAACCUUGGUCCAAGUCGAAUUGAAGAAGAUGUUUGGUGCAAAGACGAUCAAGACAAUAACAGAAACAAGCUUAUCAGCAAACCAAGAUAAGUCGGUGAUAAAGAGGAUGCCAUGGAAGGUUGAAGGCGGAAGUGGGAGCGAAUCAGCACCUAUUAGAGGUGGGCGUCUUGACCCUUCAGCUCUUGUUGUUGAGCUUGGACCUAUGGAGAUUAGGACUUUCAUAUUACAAAUUUGAUUCAUCUGAAGUAACUUUUAAAAGGAACGAAUAAUUCUUUAUCAAAACGUGAAAAAACUUCACUUUCGGUAUCACAUAAACAAGUUACAAACGAGUAAUAAAUAGAUUAUGUGCUGUUAUAAGUCCU